UUCGCUGGUUGUACGAAGGUCGGCGGCACCUUAGUCGAAAAAUCCACGAAUUUGAUCACAGACGUGUUCGCGAAUUUGGCCCCGCCACUGCUCAUCUCCGCUCAUUCAUUCAUCGAAUCAAGUUUUUUCAACUAGACGCACUUGCGGCCCGUAGCCUAGAUGUCCCCACUGAACGGGCUGGACCCGUCGUUGAACAGGGUGUCGGCCAUGAUGAAGGGCAAGUGCUUCUUCAUCACCGGCGGCACCGGCUUCCUCGGCAAGGUGUUGGUCGAGAAGAUGCUGCGCGACUGUCCUUUGCUGGACACGAUUUACCUUCUGGUCAGACCCAAGAAGGGCAAGGAGCCCAGCGCCCGCGUCGACGAGCUCUUCGAAUCACCCUUGUUCGAAAGCCUGCGUAAAAAGCGACCAGAGGCUCGGAAGCAGUUGGUGGCGAUCGCUGGCGACGUGGCCGAGAAGAACCUGGGCAUCAGUCCGGCGGACAAGGCGGUCCUCGUCGAAAGGGUCAACAUCGUGUACCACUGCGCCGCCACGGUGCGCUUCGACGAGCCCCUGCGCAAGGCCAUCAUGCUCAACACCAGAGGCACCAAGUUGGUCCUCGACCUUGCCGAAGAAAUCAAGCACUUGGAGUUGCUGGUGUACGUGUCGACGGCCUAUUGCCACCUGAAGGAGGCCCUGCUCAAGGAGAAAAUCUACGACCCGCCCGCCGACCCGCACAAAAUCAUCAAGUGCUGCGAAUACAUGGAGGAGAAAAUCGUCGAGCAGAUGACCAAAAGGAUUCUGUUGGACGCUCCGAACACCUACGCUUACACGAAAGCGCUCGCGGAAGGUCUUGUGGCCGAGAAAAUGGACACACUGCCCGCAAUCAUUCUCCGACCUUCAGUCAUUAUUCCAAUCUGGAAGGAGCCGAUUCCCGGCUGGACGGACAACAUCAACGGCCCGACGGGCAUUUUGAUCGCGGCGGGCAAAGGCGUCCUGCGCACCAUGUGGUGCAAGUCGGACACCUACGCCGACUUUUUGCCGGUCGACAUCGUGGCCAACGCUCUUCUGCUCGCCACCUGGAACUACAUCGAGAGAAAAGAAACGCACAAGCGAGUGUACAACUUCACUUCGAGCGCCGAAUUCAAGGUGACCUGGCAGGAGAUCAUUGACAUUGGCACGAGUCUGGUGGAGAAGGUGCCGCUGAACGGCAUGGUCUGGUAUCCCGGCGGCUCCAUGAAAGACUCGAAGACGCUGCACAAGAUUUGCGUCUUCUUCUUCCACACCAUCCCUGCGUACUUCUUGGACGCCAUCAUCAUGCUGGCCGGUCACAAACCAAUUCUGCGCCGUGUGCAGGACAGAAUAAGCAAAGGAUUCGAGGUGUUCGAGUACUACGCCAACAACCAGUGGGACUUUGAGAGCAACAACAUCCUUAACCUUCGCACAGUUGUCAGCGAAACCGAAAAGGAUCGUUUCUGCAUCCACGGUGAUGACAUGGACAUGCACGCCUACUUUGAGGACUGUAUCAGGGCGGCCAGAAUCUACGUGCUCAAGGAGAUGCCCGAGACACUCCCCGCUGCCAGGAGACACGCCAGGAGGAUGUACUGGCUCGACAAAAUUGUGCAGGUGCUCUUCUACUAUUUCCUCUUCUACAUGGUUUACACUUACUCGUCCACGGUACGGACCGUGGUGGACUCGACAUGGGACACGGCCAAGAGCUACGUGCCCCCCAGCAUCAUGGGCUCGACCCCCAAUUGAGGAAUGAAUAUGCAAAUUAGCGAAAUAGCUGUUACCUCACUCCCGCAACGCCUCUUGCCAAAUGAGAAACAAAUUGUCAGCUUCAAAUUUUACAAAAAAAAUUUCACCUUUUCUUGUGUAACAAAAAAACGUCAGCCAAACUUUAAAGCUGAGCAAACCCAAUUGAAUUAUUUGGAAUUGGUUCAAAAUUAGAAUAAUUAUCAUUGAUUAAAUAUUAAAUCAAGAACUAUAUUGGACAGAAUUGGUUUCAUUCUUAAAUUGAGGGAGAAUACAGAAGAGUUUUUUUUUUUAUUCAAUUUUUUACUAGGAGAAAUUCUUCUUGGCAAAAAUAAAAACAAAAACUUGGGAAUAAUAUCAAAAUGUAUUUAAAAUUUCAAUAUUUUUCCUUAUUUUCUUCCUCUGUGGAGAUUAAAAAAAAAUUAUUCAGCAUAGAUUAAAUGGAUUAAAUUUUUUGUUCAUUUUACUGUUUUUUUAUUUUUAAAUUUAAUUCUUCCACAGGUUCGUUCACCUUUCAAGUGGUUGGCGUCAUAAUAAACACAUUCUUUUCCUCCUAUGAUUAUAAUUAUACCAUUUACAUAUUUCUCCAAUUGAGAACCUUCUCGAGAGUUACUUUUGCUUGCACAAGA